GCCACGAGCAACAACACGCCACCCGCGUCUCUCCCAUAGCGCUUUGGCAUCAUGUUCACUAGCAACAACAUUUAUUUCACAGCAAAAACUUGUCGCCAGCAUUCCCUCGAGGCUCCCCCCCGGCAGAACGGUUACGGGUGCCCAUGUCAGAUCCAGUCUAAUGUUUACUUUCCGCAGAUCCCCGUAUAACGCCGAGAUUUACAAAGUCGAGCUCUGCUAGAUAUAGCCAGGCUCAACUCUUUUGCUUGACCAAGGCUGCUCUCGUCAGCCAGAAGACGAAGACCCAAUGGCGGACAGAGUCUUCGCAGCAAAACAAGGCUUUGAAAUUGACGCCUUGUCCCCGAGAGACGUCAACGUGCAGAUACCGAGUCGGCCUGUCGUUGAUACGGCCAAAAUAAAAGCCACGCUGGCUGCCAAAACGAACCAGAAGGACAAGGACCACCCUCCUCCUCCGCCUCCCAUCGUCUACGAACCUCCCAGCGCCGAUCGACAAGAUGGUGCUUCGUAUCAGGUUGGCAAGAUGCUGGGCAAGGGAGGCUUCGCCAUCUGUUACGAGGGCACCCUGCAAGGCACACGCAGAAGAUAUGCUUUGAAGAUCGUCAAGAGCAAGAUGCCCCCCAAGAUGGAGCAGAAGUUUCAAACCGAACUUCAGAUUCACUCCAAGAUGAAGCACCAGAACCUUGUUCAGUUUCUGCGCGCCUUCUCAAUGGACAAGUGCACCUACCUCGUCCUCGAACUGUGUCCGAACGGCUCUCUGAUGGAUAUGGUCAAACGUCGAAAAGGGCUGACGGAGCCCGAGGUUCGUUUUUACUCGGUGCAGAUUGCUGGGGCCAUCAAGUACAUGCACGCCAAGGGAAUCAUCCACCGUGAUUUGAAGAUGGGCAACAUCUUCCUCGACCGACACAUGAACGCCAAGGUCGGCGAUUUCGGCUUGGCUGCACUGCUCGUCACAGGCAGGGACAUGCAGACCAUACGGCGCACUACUCUAUGCGGCACUCCCAAUUAUAUUGCCCCCGAGAUUUUGGAAAAGGGCAAGAAAGGUCAUGACCACAUGGUCGACAUCUGGAGCUUAGGCAUUAUAAUGUUCGCAAUGUUCACCUCAAAGCCCCCUUUCCAAUCGUCGACAACGGAUGAGAUCUAUCGGCGAGCAAAGAACCGAGAUUAUGAAUGGCCGAGCACCGACGGUACAAGCAGAUACAUCAGCCAAGAAGCCAAGGAGAUCGUCGCCACGAUGUUAGUAGAAGCUGAAUCGAGACCAGAGCCCGACACCAUCGUUCAGCACGAUUUCUUCAUCUCCGGUUAUGUCCCCCUCCAAAGUGAAAUUACCGCCAAACUUCGGGAUUGCCCCCCGGAGAGUGAUGCAUUCUACGAAGUCGAUCAAUCCACUGGAAUGAUUGCAAGGAAUAUGCGUCACAUGCAGCAACUGUGUCAGGACUGUGAGGUUGGCCCUUGGAAUGAGACCCAGAAAGUGUACACUAGCACCUGGAAAGAGGUUGCAUUGGAAGAAAAGGCUGGCUUGACUCCCAUGAUUCCCUUGGUCGAGGGUAUUGUCUACAGACCUUAUGAGGAAGUGAGCAGAGAGCAGGCACUUGGCCAAGUAUCACUGUUGCCUCCCCGCAAAACGGGCGUCAUCAAUACAGAAGAUGACAUACUGGCUAUGGCCCAGCCAGCACGGAGGGGCUUGCUGCGGGAACCUCCCCAGAGCUUCGCCGCUCAGCAACGUGCUCAAUCUCGGCCCAAAGCAUCAACGCUGGUUCGUUCUCAGACCGUGGCCGAUGUUGGAUCAGUCCCGCCGAGUGCCAGCGGCACAAUGCGUCCCCGAGUAAAGCGAGAACUCGUACGAAGCAACACUGAAGAUAACAUCCUCUCAUUGCCGGAAUCUGCCCCUGAGCCCGUCAGGCUACCUACUCGAACGCUUGCCCAAGCCGGCCGAUUACAGCUCACAGAGACGAGGAAAGCACCAGCUGAGAAGCCCACCAAGGAUGUAGUGCCUACGUCUGCGCAAGCUCCUGCACAAGAGCUUGUCGAGGCCAAGGUGGAAACGCUUUUCAGUCCCUCGGAACCCCAACAUUCGGUCCCAGAUACCAAGCCUGAUGUCGUACUGGACAGACUGCGACGCCUUCAAGCUGAGCUAGAGCGGGCUCUCAACGCCAGGACGAUGGCCAUAGUCAGUAAGGCAACGGCGAAGACGCCUCCGGCACCUCACAUCGUCGUCAAAUGGGUGGAUUACUCUAACAAGUUUGGACUUGGGUACAUUCUCAAUGAUGGAAGUGUGGGUUGUGUCCUCAAGAGUCUUCCCGGCAAAGCCAGAGGAGGCAAGACUGUCAAGCUGCCUCCUUCUUGCAUCGUCGUUCGCGACGCUGAGAACCACUGCCAAAAACGUCACGAUCCCAGUUACCUCGAUCGCCAUCAAAUUGUGCCAAUGACACAGCCAAUCCAAUUCUUUGAAAACAACGGCGAAGCGGGCCUCUCUACUGUGCAUGUGCACCCUACGCAGUUCAAGAUUGGUGUGAACCCGGAUGGUACACCAGGCAAGGUUCCGGUCGGCAAGGACAUUUACGACUAUCGCAAACGCGAGCACCUAAUAUUAUGGAAGAAGUUUGCUAAUUACAUGAUGGCAUACGGCCGUGACCAAGAGGCACCUACGGACGACACAGGCCAUAUUCAAGUUCCUCCAAGUUCAGAUGCCGCUUUGGCUCCCUGCGAUGUGGUCACUUUUUACCAGCGUAUCGGUGACGUGGGUUGCUGGGUUUUCGCCGAUGGUCACAUCCAAUUCAAUUUUCCUGAUCACACCAAGAUUGUGUUGGACUCGUCUGGUACUUGGUGCCACUUCUGGCAUCUGCCUCAAGAGGCUGCCGUCAAGCUUGCACAUACCGGCGAGCUUGACGAGACAGCCUUAGACGAGCGCGCUGUGCUCAGCUAUCCCCUACAAACAUUGCUCAAUUUCGCUACUAAGCCUGCAAUUCGUCCCACACGAAACGCCCAGAGCACGCAAACGCGCAAGCGCCCUGAAAUCAGCCCCAUGCUGCAAGGCAUUCCGGCAGCGAACGACUUCCGGCGCAAGGUUGACUUCGUUAAAAAUGUGAUCAAGGAGUGGGUCACCAACGAUGGUUUGGGUAACAGCAAUAUGAGCCGCGACAAGCGCAUGAUGUGGACUGGGCACCGUGAAACCGUUGUCGCCGGUCCUAGCAAGCACGUUUGGGUUACUAUUGGUGCGAGAUGGGGCGAUGAGCGCUUCAGUGCUAUUGUCGACCCCAAGAAUCCCCAUGAACUCGGUGAAGACGUCGAAGAAAGAAAAAGAGCUCCUGCAGCUUAAGUUGUUAGAGCUGCACGACAUGUUGGCUGUAUGGUCUAAACUAUGGUGGAACGGUUUGGCUGGACAAGUGUGGGUGAGGACUGUGGUCAUCACUGCCGUGGGGCCCAGCGUGUACCGAAGGCACCUCUUUUCCUUUUCUCUGUAAUGCCCGUUUACGACUUGAGAACUCAUAUAGGAGACAUGACGGCGUUGUUGGGUUUUUGGUUGUUUCUUUUGCUGAUCUCGUUGCAUGGCGCAGCGCCUUACGUGUAAUACAUUUACUUCAUGCUCACUUAUCAUUGGUCUAUAUGACCUCUCAUGACCAUAAAUGUGUGAGCAGUCAUGCCUCUUAUUUUUCUCCUUGUUUUUCAAAUCACUAACUUUUGGUGAGCCGGUUGUGGAACUGCCGGAAGCCAUGACUGAGUACCUCUCACAUGAUAUCGGCCAUAGCUCUUCUGUCAUGGAUAACUUUAUAUGGUUGGG